GUGGAGGCCUCAAGCUGGCGAGGCCUGUGGAGUCAGGCUUGGAGGUGCUUUGAAGAAGAAGCAUCUUUUGGAUUUAUUCUUAAUCUGAUUGCAGACGAUGAUAAACCUUUGCCUCCCAAACUUUCACCCAAGGAUACAGUGCAAUAAGGUCUGUGCUGACGGCUAUGACGUAAGCAACUUGAUAUCUGCAGAUCCCGUGAAGACAAGGUGUGGAUUCCGUGCCGAAUACUUCAUCAAACCUCCUCUACAUGUUACAGUGUCAUUCCCAUUUAAUGUGGAGCUUUGUAGAAUUGACCUGGAAGUCUCAGGCUUGCAAAACUCUUUAGGAUUGGACAUCUAUACCUGUACAACAUGUAAUAAGACUCAGACAUGGACGGAAAAUUCCUUACAGAGCUCUCAGCCUGCUUGCCAGACCUUUACUGACAAAGAUGUUUUCACAUUAGUUGGGAAGGUUGUGCUGAAAAACCAAAACAAAGUAUCCUUUAGGCACAAAGCAUACAAACCCAGAGCUCCUUUCAAUGAGCUUAAUGAGCUUUCUGCUGUUGACAGCCAUACCUCCAAACAGGAUUUGUGGAACAAGGGACAAUUUUCAUUGACGAACAUAAAUCACCUCAGGAUUUGCAUCACUUACGUUUCAGGGGGUCGUGUGCCUUGUUUCAGAAAGCUGGACAUCUGGGGACAACCAUCUAGAUCAUCCCCUCUUAAACUUAUUGAAAGUGUCUUCAAGGCUUACCAAGAAUACAAGGCUGAGCAAUCAAUUCCUGUGAUCAAGCAAGGAAUUGCUUCUACCGCACCGUCUAACAAUACACCUGGUGAUAGCCUACAGCCCAGUACCCAUGGAUCUCCGCUACCUGGUGGGAGCAUUCCAGAGGAGUUUCUGGACCCCAUAACUUCUGAAAUCAUGGUCCUUCCAAUGUUACUUCCUAGUGGUAAAGUAAUCGAUCAGAGCACACUGGACAAAUAUAGCCGGAAUGAAGCUACGUGGGGCAGGGUGCCAAAUGAUCCCUUCACCGGUGUCCCUUUCAGCCACCACUCAAAGCCUGUGCCUCACUUGACUCUUAAAGCAAGGCUAGACUACUUUGUGUUGCACAGCACAAUACCAGGCCAUGACAUUGUGGGGAGAAGUCGAGUUGGUUUUGUUGCCUCAUCUGCAGUGAAGAGAAAAUCAGACUCCAUACAGGAUGCAGACAUGAAUCCUGUCUCUGAACAAAUAAGUGCCUGCACUAGUUCAAAUUAUUCAUCUGUGUCAGAUUCUAAUGAAAAGAGAUUCAAAGCAGAAGUGAAAGAACCGCAGAAGUCUGAGAAAAGUUUGGGGUUGGUAUCACAUGAGCAGAAAUUAGCACAGAGUCUGGACAGCGCAUUGGCUUCCGUCUUAAGCACAUUUCCAUCCUUUACUGCCAAACAAAGUCAAUACAAACUACAGCCAGCAGGUGGCAGCAACGCUGACUGUCUGCAAGAGCAAAGUCCAGUUAGGUCUGAUGAAGCCUGCAGCAGCUGCAGUGAGGCAUUCUCCGCAUAUUCCAAACACUUGGUAGUGUACAGAUUGUUGUGUGGACACCUGAUCUGCAGGCCCUGUUUGUCUGAGCGACAGAAAUCUUCAACACCUUCCUGCUUGAAAUGCAACCGGACAAUCAAUACCAGUGAUGUUGUGCGGGUCCACCUAUAGAUCAAUGGCACUUUCAGCUCUUUUUUUGUGUCUACAGGGAAUGUUGGAAAUACUUAGGUGUUCAAAGGGUUCAAAAAGUUCAUUUUAUUCUCAAAAUGUGCAUGUACAAUAUAACUCUGAUAUUUGUCUUCUCCAGAUAGCAAUGAAAUACAGAAAGACCAUACUUCAAUUCCCUAUACAUGAAAAAGAAAAAGAAAUAAAACCUUUAAAACCCCAAAAUCCCCUAGCCCCUCAGAAUUGGAUGGAUUCUGAACUCUAAAAUUGAAUUAAUGUUUAUCAGUUUCAGCCUGGCUAAUUUUAGAACUGCCUGGUGUUUACCUGAUUGGCUUAUCAACUUGGUAAUGACUGGCGUAUCAAAAUCCUGUUCUGUAGACAAGAAAUAAAGUAGUCAUGAUGUUCAUUGUUCUGGAAAUCUUGAGAUAAAAUAAAUUUAAUAUUUGUAUCAUGGGUUUCUUCUUUACAAGAGAAUUUAAAAGUGAGGCAUACUUUCUGGAGGACUCCUGUUUUUUUUUAUAAAAACACUAACUUACACUAAAAAUAAACAAAGGCCUUUAAUUUCAGCCUGUCAAGGUUACAUACAAUCAAAUCAAGCCUGGAAUAUUAAGGUUUUGUUAAACGAAUGAUUCAUUGCUGAAACCUACUAUUGAUUUGAUGUCUUGUCAUCUUAAGUUUAAAAAGAGGAAUUGUAUUAACAAGCAUGAAAUAUAAUUCUAGUAAAACACACACACAGAUACUGGUUAGUAAGUUUGCAGAUGAUACAAAUCUUAUAAAUCAUGUUGAAAAACUGGAAUAUAAAACUGGCAUCAAAUCCAUAUUUUUAUAUUUCUUAUCAGAUAUAAUAUUAGCA